UAAAAGUGUCUAGAGUUAACUUCAACUUUCAUCUUCGGCUUUAGUUGGAUAAAUUUCAUUUGAUUUUAACAAAUUCAAGUCUUCAUAUUGUUUUGUGAAGAUGGUUUCUUAUUUAAAGAAUUCCUUUAAAACUAUUUUAGGACUGAAGAACGACGAGGUAGAGGAACAGACAAGUGACUGGUAUGGUACCUUCCUCAAUAAUGAACCAUUCACUUUUUUUGCAUUCGCUACUGUUGUUACCAUUAUAAUUUUGAUGAUGUACUUUUUAAAGUACAUAUAUGAAAAAUUGAAGCAGCAAGAUGAACCCACUGAAAAUGCACAGCAGCCUGCAGGUGCUGAAAAUGUUGGUAAUCAUGAUGUCACAAGUAGUGCUAAUCGUGGGGAUCCUGAGAGUAACACUACUCAUACUAAUCAAAGAAGAUCAAGUGCAAGAAUUAGUGAGAUAUUCAGUUCUACUUCUGCUUCUGGUUCUAUUAGUCGCCUCAGCAAUGUCAUUGAUCCUGCCAAUCCUACUGGUCGUGAUGUCACCUCAACUGUUAGCAGUAUUGUUCAUGGCGCAAGGACUGUUGAUGGAAUUCAAGGCAAUGCGAAUAUUAGAGAAAGACAUACUCUUAAUUCUAGUGCCGUCAAUUUACUAUUCGGCAAUGGUGAUCCAUAAAAUUGACUGAUUUGAAAUAAUAGUUGGUUAAUUUUAGUUUAAGAAAUGUUGCCGAGGAAGUUAUAGUAUAAUUUGUUAUAUAUAGAAAUUCAAUUAUUAUAUAUGCUUUUGAUGCGGUAUUAUUUGACAUCAAAAUUAAUUGGUACAAUAAUGUUGCUUCUAGACACUUAUACUGUUGGAAAUAUAUUUAUUAAAAAAUUCAU